CCGGUGCGGAGGGGGUCUGGCCCGGACCGGUCGGAAACAAAAGCGGGCGGCGGCGGCACCGGUGCCGCGGUGGACUUGGCAUGGCGGCGCAACGGGCUCAGCUUGUUCUGCUCUUACUACUUUUUCUGCCGCAGGUGUAUUGCGAGUAUGGAAUGGUCCAUGUCCUUUCAGAGAAGGGGAGCAGCAAAGGAAAAGACUACUGUAUCCUCUUCAACUCCCAGUGGGCCCAUCUGCCACAUGAUCUGGGUAAAGCUUCACUCUUGCAACUGCAGGAUCAGACAGCAUCUGUUUUGUGUUCUCCUUCUGAUGUACCCGAUGGGGGGUUUAAUAAUCAAAUCCCCAUGGUGAUGCGAGGGAAUUGCACCUUCUAUGAGAAAGUGAGGCUUGCUCAGAUAAAUGGAGCUCGUGGGCUGCUGAUUGUUAGCAGAGAGAGACUGGUUCCUCCUGGGGGUAACAGGAGCCAAUAUGAAGAGAUUGAUAUUCCUGUUGCUCUGCUGAGCUAUUCGGAUAUGUUAGAUAUUGUCAAGAGUUUCGGCAGAUCGGUGAAGGGGGCAAUGUAUGCACCAAAUGAGCCUGUGCUAGAUUAUAACAUGGUCAUUAUAUUCGUCAUGGCUGUGGGGACUGUGGCAAUUGGAGGCUACUGGGCAGGAAGCAGAGAUGUGAAAAAGCGAUACAUGAAGCACAAGCGUGAUGAUGGGGCAGAGAAACAUGAUGAUGAAACAGUUGAUGUGACUCCAAUAAUGAUCUGUGUAUUUGUAGUGAUGUGCUGCUCAAUGCUGGUCCUACUUUAUUUCUUCUAUGACCACUUAGUCUAUGUUAUCAUAGGAAUAUUCUGCCUGGCUGCCUCGAUUGGCCUUUACAGUUGUCUGUCUCCCUUUGUAAGAAGAUUCCCGUUGGGAAAGUGUAGAAUCCCAGACAACAACUUGCCUUAUUUCCACAAGCGUCCACAAGUCCGGAUGUUGUUGUUAGCGGUGUUCUGUAUCUCUGUCAGUGUAGUCUGGGGAGUCUUCAGAAAUGAAGAUCAAUGGGCCUGGGUUCUGCAAGAUGCUUUAGGAAUUGCUUUCUGUCUUUACAUGCUGAAAACAAUUCGCCUGCCUACAUUUAAGGGUUGUACCUUGCUCCUCCUCGUUCUUUUUGUCUAUGAUGUAUUCUUUGUAUUUAUCACACCAUUUCUAACAAAGACUGGGGAGAGUAUAAUGGUGGAAGUGGCUGCAGGCCCGUCUGAUUCUGCCACUCAUGAAAAGCUCCCAAUGGUCCUGAAGGUUCCACGACUGAACUCCUCCCCGCUGGCUCUGUGUGACAGGCCUUUUUCUCUCCUAGGAUUUGGAGACAUUUUAGUUCCAGGUUUACUGGUAGCCUAUUGCCAUAGAUUCGAUAUUCAGGUGCAGUCAUCCAGAGUGUAUUUUGUAGCCUGCACAAUAGCAUAUGGCAUAGGCCUUCUUGUGACCUUUGUCGCCUUGGCAUUAAUGCAGAUGGGUCAGCCAGCUCUGCUCUACUUGGUACCCUGCACUCUCAUCACCAGCUUUGCUGUGGCUCUUUGGAGAAAGGAGCUUGCAAUGUUCUGGACGGGCAGCGGCUUUGCGAAAGACCUACCUCAGCCUCCCUUGGUGAUAGCUUCUGUCAACUGCCCUCAGCUUCCUAAAGAUAGCAACGUACCAGCUUCUCAACAAGAGACAGAGGAAGUCGCCAACCCUACCCUCCACGUGAAGGAGCUGCAGAGCCCCACCUUGGCUGCAGAGGAGCCAGCUGAUAACGACACAAAGACAGAACAGUCAGAAGUUUCUAUCACACAGAGCGAGGAACCAGCUGGGCACAGCAAGGAUGACCUUGAAAGUAAAUCUCUAAACCUAGAGCAAAAACAGCUGGAAUAAACAAUUUGCUAGGAACUCCGUAUUUUCCCUCACAAACAUUCAUGUAAAACCAGUAUGUAUUUAGACUGGUUCAGUAGUAUUCACAUUCACUGAGGAACCUCGGUGGGAGUCUGAUCAUCAAAUCCAACAAAGAAUGUUCUGCCUCCAGCUUUGGUACAGCUAUACACUUCAAACGUAUUUCUGAAAUAUGGUGCUCUACAAGGGUUCUGAUGUAUGGAUUUCAAUUAUAAUUUUAUUAGUGAAUGCCUUUGACAGAUCCAUUUUAAUUAUACCAGGGUAGUAUUAAGAGUAUUUACACAGUACUCUGUGCUUUGUGGCUAUUUUUGCUGCUUUAGCAUAGUGUAGGUUAACGUGGAGGAAAAGCAUUGGACAAGUAUACUACAAUGCUUAACUGAAAGAAACAUGAUAGGACUUUAGCACUUUCCCUAUUGUCACCUUUUACUUUUCCUACUUGUCAAAGCCAUUGAUGCAAGGGAAUGCUUUAGUAUAAGCUGACAUUCAGGAAAUGCAGAGAAUGGUUAAAUUACCAGCCUCUGAAAGGAUUUAUACUACCAUGGUGCAUUAAAUGCAUCUCUUAAACUUUCUUUGUUUUUACUUCCAGGUACCUGUGCUGGCUACUAGUCUAGUUUAAAAGUUAGGAGGAAUGGAGCUACAAGAAUCUUGCUAAGCACUCCAUGAACUCCAGGGGUUGUCUCUGAAAAGAAAUGGUUUGUCACAGAACACCGCCUGGUAGAAUAAGGAUAUUAAGAAUGUUUGCUUUAGAAAUGAAUUACAAGCCAGAUAAAUAAGCAAAUAGGUAGUGGCAUUAUACUAAGCUUAAUUAUUUUCAUUGGGGAAAAUGUUACAGUAAAACAGCAAAAAGAAUAAGGAAAACCUCAAGAGCCCAAACUGAUGAACUUUAAGGAACAUAGUUGUGAUUACUAAUUCUGGAGAAAAUAGUCUGAUGUUUUCAUUCUCUUGGGAAUACACGGUGCUAUAGUAGGUUGUGAUUUAGAGCUGCUUGGCAACCAAUCAGCUGCCUCAGAUAACAUUUUGUCUUCAUCCCAGGAGUAGCUGAAGCAUGGCCUGUCAGGUUCUGGAAAGAGGUUGUGAUCUAGCUGUUUUGCCCACUUGCUAAAUGACAUUGCAAAACACGCAAUUCAUAAAUGUAAAACUAUUUGGGGUGCAGGUGGUCUUAAUUUAUGUUCCUGAAAUUAUAAUUUUCUUGUGUAAUGCGAUUGAACUUUUUAUGCAUCUUUUUAUGGGGAGAUGAUGAGAUUUGUGUAUCACUUAUUCCAUACAUGAACAUUUGGCUUUAUCAAAAGUAUUUGUGUUUUAUGUUUAAAUUGCAGUCCCCUAAAGGCUCAAACACUUCGUGUUAAAACUGAGAAAGAUAACAGAAGUGUUCUAGGAUCGUAGAAUGCAUUCCUAAAUUGCAUGGGAGAAAUGCUUUUCAGAGCAUUUUGAGAGCCUAAAAUGUCAUUUACAAAAGCAUCGUCAUUCUAUCCCAAUCUGAGGCAAUGAUUUUAAAUUAAGAGUCUCCAGUUGGCGUGUUGAGUUGAAUUCUGAAAGGUUCUCCUUUAAUGUCUGUCUGUUAAACUUCAGCCAUCAUCUCUUUGGCUAGGUCUUCCAGAAGUUUGCCCCAUGGUUUUCUUUUUUGGAUGUUCAUUUCUCUUCUCAUCUGUUUUGCAUUGGAUGGGUAAUAUUCUUUUUCUGGAAUGUGAAAAGUUUUCUGUAAAACCACAAUGUGGGGUCAGAAUUUUACCUUCUUCUUAAAGUCCUCCCAAGUCCUGCACUGCGUUUAAUUUAUGAAUUACCCAAAUGAAAGAUAGUAGUAUUAAAGACAGCUGGGUUAUUUUUGUCCUUGUUAUUUUCAGUCUCCUCCUUGAUGGACUAUGUUUGCCAGUGGUAAUCUGAAUUUCAACUAACUAGAAAGCAGAGGAGACAUUUCACUGAAAAUAUCAGCCAGCUGGAUUAUGCCUUAAUUUAAACCAUUGUAUAAGUUUAUAUAUAAAGAAAACAGUCCUGUGUUUAAAUAAUGAACUUGACAAACAGUGAUAAGUUUGGAGAAUGACUCCAAGUUCUAUGGUUUUUUGCUUUGAUUGUUUUUCAGUCAUAAUUCUAUAGGGAGUAAUUUUUAUACACUAAGGUCAGUAGUUUUCUGAUGAUGAAGCAUUAAGUUUUAUCACCUUCUUGAAAACAUAUUUUAACAUUAGUUAUCAUGUGGGUUAGGAAACAGUUUAUUUCUCAAAUUGUUUAUAACUCAGUGAAAAUGGAAGAAUUUAUAACACUGAUUAACUUGUAGGCAUCUAGUAGUUGCUUUAUGUUUCAUUCUGGAUGGGUCUGCACAUGCUUCACCUUCAUGUUUUUGAUGGUUUUCCAUCUAUUUAAGUGUAAGUUUGUUGUGUGUUUUUCUUUUUAUCAAACUACAAAUAUCAGCGUUGAAAAAAAAAUAGUGCAAUAUCUCCAGUUGAAGUAUAUAAACAGUGAGUUACAUACUUUGACUAUUGCAGUACUGUACCCCUUUGGUGCACCAGUUUGGCUGCGACUGUUUGGACCCUGAUCCUGCGCAGUUCAAUCACUUCCAUCAGAAACCAAGGUUGUGCUUUUCUGUCCUUCCCUGACCUCCUUAAUGUAAAAUUUAAUGUUGUACAGGAGAAUGUCAAAACAUGUUCUGUGUAGUUGAUUCUGAUUUUAUUUGAUGAUUGCAGAUGUACAUCCCACACUAAACUUGAGUUAAAAGGCUGCUUUUGGAGUAACAUU